GGGACGGUUAAAAAAAAAAACUAUAGCUUUCGUUGACUCGCGGGGCUGCGCGCGCCCAUCCUAUUAUAAGCCAAGCCUCGGUAGCAAGCACACCCCCCACCUCAACCGCCGCCGCCCACGCAGCCAAGCUCCAUUGCGGAUCGACUACCGGGCGCCAUGGGAGAGGAGGACAAGAAGCAGCGGCGGCGGCGGCGGCAGGGCCACCCUCUCCUGAGGGGAGGCGCGGCGGGGAAGGGGCGGCGGUACACGCACGGCUUCUCCGCCUCCCAGAUGCUGGCGCUCGCCGCCGUGUGCGGCGCGGUGGCGCCCUCGCUCCCGCCGGACAGCUGCCUGGAGGACGAACGGCACGGCGGCCGGGGAGGAGGUGGCGGCGACGUCGACGUCUCCAACGGCAAGGCCGUCCGGGACUUCCUCGUGGCCUCCGCCGCCGACCCGCCCGUCCCCGACGAGGUGGCGGAGCUGAUGACGAGGAUGUGCCUCCGGGAGGCGCUGGCGCUGGUGCGGGCGGUGCUGUGGCUGCUGGGCACGCGGCUGGGGACGCUGGCGCUCUGCGGGGCGCGGUGCCUGUCGGGGAGGUGGCCGUUCGUGCUCAGGUUCGCGGAGAUGCCGCUGGAGCGGCGGGAGGCCGCGCUCCGGCGGUGGAGCGCCCUCACCGUGCUGCCGCCGCUGCGCACCUUCUUCCUCGUCGCCAAGGUCUUCUGCCAGUACGUCUUCUACUCCUGGAUUGACGAGAGCUCGAACAACCCGCAUUGGCGAGCGGUCGGGUACAGCCCACCGACCGACGAGCCGCCGGCGGAGGAGCGCCCGGAGGCGACGAAGCGGCCUCUCGACGACGGCGUCGUCGAGACCAUCAACCUGACGGACGCGUCCCUCCCGGCGUCGCUCGCCGAUAAAGGCCUCACGGUGACCGAUGACGCGGCGCGGAACGUGUGCCAGGUGGAGUGCGACGUCGUCAUCGUCGGCUCCGGCGCGGGCGGGGGCGUGGCAGCCGCGGUGCUCGCCGGGGCUGGACACAAGGUGGUGGUCAUUGAGAAAGGCAGCUACUUCACGUCGCGGGACUACACGUCCUUCGAGGGCCCGUCGAUGAACCAGCUCUACGAGUCCGGCGGGUUCGUCAGCACGAUGAACGGCGGCGGGCUGCUCCUGGCCGGCUCCACGGUCGGCGGCGGCACGGCCGUGAACUGGUCGGCCUGCCUCAAGACGCCCGAGCACGUGCGCAGGGAAUGGGCGGCCGCGCACGGGCUCCCGCUGUUCGAGAGCUCGGAGUACGCCGCCGCCAUGGACAAGGUGUUCGAGCGGCUCGGCGUGACGUCGGGGUGCAAAGAGGAAGGGCUCCAGAACAAGGUCCUCCGCAAGGGCUGCGAGAAGCUCGGGUACAAGGUCGACGCGGUGGCGAGGAACUCGUCGGAGGGCCACUUCUGCGGCAGCUGCGGCUACGGCUGCCGCACCGGGGACAAGCGCGGCACGGACACGACGUGGCUGGUCGACGCGGUGGGCCGCGGCGCGGUGAUCCUGACGGGGUGCAAGGCGGAGAAGCUGGUGCUCGAGCGCUGUCACGGCGCCGGCGGCACGAGGAGUAAGCGGUGCGUCGGCGUGGUGGCCAGGAGCACCAAUCCGGCGAUCAAGAGGACGCUGGAGGUGCGCGCCAAGGUGACCGUGUCGGCGGGCGGCUCGCUCCUCACGCCGGUGCUGCUGCAGCGGAGCGGGCUCACCAACCCGCACAUCGGCAAGAACCUCCACCUCCACCCGACCGCCUUUGCGUGGGGCUACUUCCCGGACACCACGGUGCCGGACCUGAAAGGGAAGACGUACGAGGGCGGCAUCAUCACGUCGCUGCACAAGGUGGAGUCCUCCGGCGCCGGCGACGGCGACGGGCCGCACCGGGCCAUCCUCGAGACGCCGCUGCUGGGCGUGGCCGCCAUGGCGACGCAGAUGCCCUGGGUCUCCGGGCGGGACAUGAAGGAGCGGAUGCUCAGGUUCGGCCGGACGGUGCACAUCUUCUCCCUGGUCAGGGACCGCGGGUCCGGCACGGUGCACGGCGAGCGGCGGAUCGCGUACCGGCUGGACGAGGCCGACAGGGAGGACAUGCGCGAGGGCCUGCGGCGCGCGCUGCGCGUCCUGGUCGCGGCCGGCGCGGCGGAGGUGGGCACGCACCGGAGCGACGGGCAGCGGCUGCGGUGCGAGGGGCUGACGGAGGCGGCGCUGGAGGAGUUCCUCGACGGCGUCACCGUCGUGCGCGGGCCGCAGUCCAGGAGCGAGACGUGGAGUCUCUUCUGCUCGGCGCACAACAUGGGCAGCUGCCGGAUGGGCGCCACGGCGCGCGACGGCGCCGUCGACGGCCGCGGCGAGAGCUGGGAGGCGGAGCGGCUGUACGUCUGCGACGGCAGCGUGCUGCCCACCGCACUGGGCGUCAACCCCAUGAUCACCAUACAGUCCGUCGCCUACUGCCUCGCCAGUGGCAUCGCCGACUCCCUCUCCGGUAAAACCACUUUAAAAAAAACUUGAAUUUCAGCCACAAGUUUGGAUGGAAUUUGGUUGGAUUCGGUGUAUAUUUCCUGUAAAAUUUUACGUUCCAAAACAUCACGUAUUCACGUCAUUGUUGUAAAUUAAUCGGUGUGCUUGGUUCGUAGUUUGAUUUGCUAUGGAACAAAAUAAUGUGGUUGCCAUUUGUCGUGCAAAGUUGUGGGUUAUAAUCUGUAACUAUCUCCAUAAAACAAGCCACCACACCAAAGAGAUGCUUCCUGCAUACUAGCAGGUGGGAGUACUAUACAUUAUUCGAUCUAAUAUUCGUCACUCUUUAAGUCAAUUCCCAAACAUAUCUUUCCAUCACAUUAGAGAUGCACAAUGAUCGCAAGAAAA